AUGCUUCGCAACGGAGCGUCGCGCCUCGCGCUGAGGUCCGUAGCAGCGCCCCAGUCGGCACGCCCGGCUGCGAGCUUCACACGCACAACACCUUCUUCCCUGAAAUGGGCAACACAAUUUGGUUCUCUGGCUGCGCGGAGACCGCAAUUAGCUGCGCAAUGGAAGCCUGCGUCUGCGGUCUUGCGCCGCAGCAUGGCGGAUAAGACGUUGACGGAAGGGCAGAAGCAGGCGGAGAGCAGAUAUGCGCACGAGAAGAUUAAGCCUACGCCCGAGACGGUGACGAGUACUAGUUCGACGCAUCCGAUGUUUUCGGAGGUGGGCACCGAGCAGCCGCAGAAUGAGGUGGAUAUGGCGGCGGGGUUGAAGCAUGAUGUGGGCACAAUCAAAGAGACAUUCUCUCUGGCUGAAGUCCCUCGCGAAGCAUACUACAUGGGUCUCGCAGGCACGCUUCCCUACCUCGCAACCUCCAUCUCUACCGUGUAUCUCUCCUGGGAACUAAACCACUCCACCGCGGGUUACGGCAUGAUCUUCUCUCAAAAAGACGCUACAUAUCUCCUCUCCCUUAUCGAACCCCUCCAAAUCGGAUACGGCGCGUCCAUCUUGAGUUUCCUCGGCGCUAUCCACUGGGGACUAGAGUGGGCAGGCUACGGAGGCACACAGGGCUACAAGCGCUAUGCAAUUGGCGUUGUAGCACCCAUGGUAGCAUGGUCAACACUACUCAUGCCCGUUGAAGGCGCGCUCAUCUCGCAAUUCUUGGGUUUCGUUGGGUUGUACUAUGUUGAUACUCGCGUAAGCCGCCUCGGCUGGACACCCAACUGGUACGCCGUAUACCGCUUCGUCCUCACCGCCAUCGUCGGAGCCAGUAUCGUCCUCACUCUCAUCUCUCGCAGCGAGCUUCCGGAACAUAUCCCUGGUCCUGUUGACCGCGAGAAGGUUUUCAAGGAGGAGGGUUCCAGCGAGGAGAAGCUGGCUAAGCAUGAACAUGCGGCUGUCGAGAAGAAGAAGAAUGCUGCAAGGAGUGAUAACAGGGGUGAGAAAUAA